AACAUAGUGAAUAGAGAUGGCUGGAUUUGGGAAGCAAUUUCUGAAAACUCUUUAGUCUUUUUACAAAAUUCUGCUUAGUAGACUAGGACUUCCGCCAGAAUCAAAGAUGAUCAGCAAUUCUCAUGCAAACCACUCAACACUUCAAAAACAUUACUCUCUCAUUCACAACUCUAAACGGUCUUUUUCAAAUCAGACAAUAUUGGUUUUUGAUUUGGAGGCUGCAUUGUUGAAAUCAUCUUCCUUGUUUCCUUACUUCAUGCUUGUGGCCUUUGAAGCUGGAGGGCUCAUAAGAGCACUCAUCUUGCUUCUUUCGUACCCUUUUCUUUGUUCAGUUGGAAAUGAGCAAGGCCUGAAGAUUAUGACUUUUAUAUCUUUUGUUGGGAUUAGAAAAAGUAAGUUUAGAGCUGGAACUGCUGUUCUGCCCAAGUUCUUCCUGGAAGAUGUUGGGUGUGAAGGGUUUGAUCAAGUUAUGUGCUGUGCGAGGAAGAUAGGAGUGAGCAAGUUGCCUAGGAUCAUGGUUGAAGGAUUCUUGAAAGAUUAUAUUGGAGUGGAGGCUGUUUUGGCUAGAGAGAUGAAGGUAGUUCAUGGGUAUUUUGUAGGUUUAAUGGAGGGAAAGGAGGUUGGCUGUACCAGUUUAAAUGAGCUUCUGAUGGAGAAGAAAAUGGGUUCCUAUGCUGUCGGUAUCGGAUGCUCCUCCAACUGGUCGCUCUAUGGGCAACUACUUCGACACUGUAAGGAGGUUUACUCGGUGACCGAAGCAGAGAGGAGAAAUUGGCGAUUUCUGCCACGAGAAAGAUACCCAAAGCCAUUGAUCUUCCACGACGGUAGAUUGAGUUUCAGACCAAGUGCAUUUGCCACGAUUGCCAUGUUCAUGUGGCUUCCAUUCGGGUUUCUGCUCUCCAUCUUUAGAAUCACUGUUGGUCUCUUAUUGCCUUUCGAGAUGUCCAGUUCCAUCCUGGCUUUUACAGGGACUAUAAGCGUAAUAUCUAAACCCAGUCAACCCUUUAACUCGGCCAUGAGCAGAGGAUCGCUCUAUGUUUGUAACCACAAAACGCUACUAGACCCAGUCUAUACCUCAUUAACUAUCAUGAAGCCUGUCACUGCAGUCACCUAUAGCGUGAGCAGAUUCAAUGAGGUGAUUUCCCCCAUCAAAACUGUCCGAUUGACUAGAGAUCGGGAUAGAGAUAGAAAACUGAUGGAUAAGAUCCUAAGCCAGGGUGACCUUGUGGUUUGCCCUGAAGGAACAACUUGCAGGGAACCUUACCUACUGAGGUUUAGUCCAUUGUUUGCAGAGAUUGCGGAUGAGAUAGUUCCGGUUGCUAUAGAUGUUCAGAUCAGCAUGUUCUAUGGAUCAACAGCUAGUGGCCUUAAAUGCUUAGACCCAGUAUUUCACUACAUGAACCCACGUCCAAUAUACUUCGUCAAGGUUCUUGAGAAGUUACCAGGUUCCCGGACGUGUAUGAUUGGCGGAAAAUCAACUUUUGAAGUGGCCAAUUAUGUGCAGAAUGAGAUUGCCAAAACUCUAGGAUUUGAGUGCACCAGUCUUACAAGGAAAGACAAAUACAUGAUCUUGGCAGGCAAUAAUGGAAUCAUUUAGGACUACAUGAGACUCGUGCUAGCAGCAAGUAAACUUGUGUUCUUUCAGAAGUAAUUGAAUAAGAAGUAUGUGUAUUUUAGGUGUCCAAAUAUUAACUAGUUUCAAGAAAUAGAUGACUCUAUAUUGCAGUUUCAA